AUGAUCUCCCACCUCCUCCUUGCGGAUGAUUGCUUAUUAUUUUACAGAGGGAACACGGAGGAGGCUAUUAACAUUAUGGAGACCCUUAAACUUUUUAGCGACAGCUCUGGCCAGUGCCUUAAUCAAGAAAAUGUGCUAGUUGUGCUGGGCAUGAACCGGUUUACUGAAAAUUCAUCUUAUCUCGGUAUGUUGGUUCUCGCAUCAAAGAAUCGUAGACAAGUGUUUAGCUUCCUCAAGGAAUGCAUGUGGUCAAAAAUUAAAGGUUGGAAGGAGAAGACCUUAUCCCAAACAGGGAGGGGUGUUCUGGUAAAAUCAGUACUACAGGCGAUCCCUACUUACACGAUGACUUCAACCAGUUAG